AUGUACGGGGCGACACGGCGGGCCUGCUCGGGCUCCGGCCGGGGCCGGGGCCUGCUGAUGCUGACGACCGCGCUCUUGCUCUCGGUAAUCGGGCUGCUCUCCGGGCUGCCUGGCUUAACCGAGGCGAAGGAAUGUGACAAACCAUGUAUGAACGGCCAGUGCAACGCCGCUACUGGCAACUGUGUCUGCUUCCCCGGCUGGGUUGGGGACCAAUGCCAGCACUGCGGAGGGCGAUUCAGGUUGACGGGGCCCUCUGGUCAUCUGACUGAUGGUCCAGGGAACUAUAAGUACAAGACCAAGUGCACCUGGCUGAUCGAAGGACAGCCUAACGCUAUACUCCGAUUACGCUUCAACCACUUUGCCACGGAAUGCAGCUGGGACCACCUUUACGUGUACGAUGGAGACUCAAUUUACGCCCCCCUUCUUGCUGCUUUCAGUGGUCUGAUUGUUCCUGAACGUUAUGGGAAUGAGACUGUUCCUGAGGUGGUGUCUCAGUCCGGCUACGCCCUACUACACUUCUUCAGUGAUGCUGCCUACAACCUGACUGGCUUCAACAUUUCCUACAGGGUGAAUACAUGUCCCAACAACUGUUCCGGCCAUGGCAAAUGUCUUGUGGAGAGCUCCAAUGGUUCGGUCUACUGUGAGUGUCUAGCCAACUGGAAGGGGGAAGCCUGUGACAUCCCCGUCUGCCUGGCUGACUGUGGCUCCCCUGAAAGAGGUCACUGCGAGGGCAAGACCUGCGUCUGCAUGACCGGAUGGCAAGGUCCAGACUGUUCUGUCUCAGUCCCUGCCAACUCCUCCUUCUGGAGUCGGGAGGAGUACACUGAAGCUGGGUUGGCCAGGGCCUCCCAUAAGGCCGUGGUUGACCAGGACAUCAUGUGGGUCAUCGGAGGCUACGUCUUCAACGCCUCCGACUAUCACAUGGUCAAAGCGUACAACCUCAGUAGCAAGAGCUGGCUGACCCUUGACCCCUCCGUCAACACUGUCACACCACGAUAUGGCCAUUCACUGGCUCUGCAUGAGGGGAAGAUCUACAUGUAUGGAGGAAAGAUUGACUCCACAGGAAACGUGUCCAGCCAGCUUUGGGUUUUCCACAUUCAGAACCAGACCUGGGUCCUCCUGAGUCCCCGGGCUAAGGAGCAGUAUGCCGUGGUGGGACACUCGGCCCAUAUUGUGCCUCCCAUCCAGGAGGGUGCCAGUCCCAUCAUGCUGGUUCUGUUUGGACACUGUCCUCUGUACGGUUACAUCAGCCAGGUGCAGGAGUACAACAUCGCCAAGAACACCUGGAGCAUGGUCACAGACGGUGCUCUGGUCCAGGGCGGCUACGGCCACAGCAGUGUUUUCGACCCUAGCACCAGAGCCAUCUACAUCCACGGAGGCUACAAAGCCUUCAGUGCCAACAAGUAUGGCCUGGCUGGAGACCUGUACAAGUUCGACGUGGACAAGAGAAAAUGGGUAAUUCUGAGAGACAGCGGCUUCUUCCGAUACCUCCACACAGCGGUGAUAGUGAGCGGGACGAUGCUGGUGUUUGGAGGAAACACACACAACGACACGUCCAUGAGCCACGGUGCCAAGUGCUUCUCCUCGGACUUCCUGGCGUACAGUCUGGCAUGUGAUGAGUGGACGGUGCUCCCUCGACCGGACCUCUACCAAGACGUCAAUCGCUUCGGACACUCAGCGGUCUUCAGUGACAGUGUGAUGUACGUAUUUGGCGGCUUCAACAGCCUGCUGCUUAGUGACGUCCUCAUGUACACCUCGCCCAGCUGCUCAGCUUUCACCAGCAUGGCGUCCUGUAGCCAGGCCUGGCCGGGGAUCCACUGCGUCUGGAACAACACCCAGGGGACCUGCCUGCCCUGGGAGAACGCUAUCGGAACCGAACAUCAGCAGCUACCAGCGUCCUGUAACACACGAUCAUAUGCUGAUAAUGAGAGGUGUGACCAGUAUACAGACUGCUACAGUUGCACUGCUAAUACCAACGGCUGCCAGUGGUGCUCUGGUCAGUGUGUGUCUCUGGGAAGCAACUGCACCUCUAACACGGGGGCCAUAGGGGAGUAUGAAGUGUGCCCCAAGGACAGCCCCUCAUAUGUGUGCAACAAGAAAACCAGUUGCAAGAGCUGCUCUGUGGACCAGAACUGUCAGUGGGAACCUCGCAACCAGGAGUGCAUCUCACUGCCAGAAAACGUUUGUGGUGAAAGCUGGCAUCUGGUGGGCAAUUCCUGUCUGAAGUUCAUCACAGCAAAGGACUCGUAUGACAACGCCAAGCUGGCCUGCAGGAGCCACAAUGCUGUCCUGGCCUCGCUGACCACGCAGAAGAAGGUGGACUUUGUCCUGAAGGAGCUGCAGAUUAUGAGCGUGGUGUACAAGGCAACAGUGACGCCGUGGGUGGGGCUCAGGAAAAUCAACGUGUCGUACUGGUGCUGGGAGGACAUGUCGCCCUUCACCAACACCACCCUGCAGUGGUUGCCCGGCGAGCCGAGUGACGCCGGGUUCUGUGGCUACCUGGCCGAGCCAGCGCCCAGCGGACUGAAAGCACAGACCUGCAUCAACCCCGUGAAUGGCAGCCUAUGUGAACGGCCAGCCAACCACAGUGCCAAGCAGUGCAGGACACCGUGUGCCAUGAGAACCACCUGCAGCGAAUGCACCAGCAGCAGCUCCGAGUGUAUGUGGUGCAGCAACAUGAAGCAGUGCGUCGACUCCAAUGCCUACGUGGCCUCCUUCCCCUUCGGACAGUGUAUGGAGUGGUACACCAUGAACACCUGUCCACCGGAGAACUGCUCUGGGUAUAGAACAUGUGGCCAGUGUCUGGACCAGCCGGGCUGUGGUUGGUGCACCGACCCCAAUAACACAGGCAAAGGUCAGUGCAUCGAGGGCUCAUAUCGUGGGCCCUUUCAGACCUCGGUCCCGGCUCCAUCCACCCUCCCUGGCCUGCCCGCCAGCCCCCAGCCGGCCCUCAAUGCCAGCAUGUGCCCCAGCGAUGCCAAAUACAACUGGUCCUUCAUCCAUUGCCCAGCUUGUCAGUGUAACGGUCACAGCCAGUGCGUCAACGAGAGUGUGUGCGAGAAGUGCGAGGACCUGACAACCGGCCGACACUGCGAGAGCUGCAUCUCCGGCUUCUACGGAGAUCCGACCAACGGGGGCAGCUGCCAACCCUGCAAGUGUAACGGCCAUGCCAGCAUGUGCAACCCCAACAACGGCAAGUGCUUCUGCACCACUAAAGGCAUCAAAGGAGAUCGCUGCCACCUGUGUGAAGUCGAGAAUCGUUACCAAGGCAACCCCCUCAAAGGAACAUGCUACUACACGCUCCUCAUCGACUACCAGUUCACCUUCAGCCUGUCGCAGGAGGACGACCGCUACUACACCGCCAUCAACUUCGUGGCCACACCUGAGGAGCCAAACCGGGACCUCGACAUGUUCAUAAAUGCCUCCAAGAACUUCAACCUGAACAUAACCUGGGCCACUAGCUUCACGGCAGGCACGCAGACCGGGGAGGAGAUCCCGAUCGUCUCUCGGAGCAACAUCAAGGAGUUCAAAGACAGCUUCUCCAACGAGAACUUUGAUUUCCGCAACAACCCAAACAUAACGUUCUUUGUCUACGUCAGCAACUUUACAUGGCCCAUUAAGAUUCAAAUUGCCUUCUCCCAGCACAGUAACUUCAUGGAUCUGGUGCAGUUUUUUGUCACAUUCUUCAGCUGCUUCCUGUCCCUGCUCCUGGUGGCCGCCGUAGUUUGGAAGAUCAAACAAAGCUGCUGGGCGUCACGGCGACGAGAGCAACUGCUAAGGGAGAUGCAGCAGAUGGCCAGCCGACCUUUCGCCACCAUCAACGUUGCGUUGGAGACUGACGAGGAGCCACCUGACCUGAUAGGAGGAAACGUCAAGUCCGUACCAAAACCCAUCGCCCUUGAGCCUUGCUUUGGCAACAAAGCCGCCGUACUCUCCAUCUUUGUGCGGUUACCCAGGGGCACCGGCGGGAUCCCUCCUCCAGGACAGUCUGGUCUGGCAGUGGCCAGUGCACUGGUGGACGUCUCUCAGCAAAUGUGUGUGGGCUACAAGGAGAAGUCUGGAGGCCUGAGAAACCGCAAACAGCAGCCCACCGCACAACCAUCCACCUGCAUCUGACCACGCCCCCUGUCCUCCUCCUACCACCCCUCCACCCAAUGCUCUCCCAUCAACCCCCCGCCUCAGCCUCUCUCUGCUUCAGAGACAUAAUGCCAGCGCCGCUCUGGCAGGGAGAGGUGCAUGCUGGGAUGCAGGACUGGAACAUUUUGGUGAGGGGCCGAGUCGUCCGGCAGACUGAAGCCUCAACGGGCUUCCCCUCCCUCUCCUCCUACAGGAACUACGGGUCCCCACAAACUGAAUGACAGAAACUGGACACAAAGAGAGGUGGCAGGGGAGGGAGGGAGGGACAGAGCGGGUGCUGACUUCACCCUUUCACGUCAAGACAUUUACAUUUGUCGACACCGCCUCGUUGGAGUCGAGGCGGCCACGGCUUGCUGCUAGAAGAGAUCCUCGUCUCGUAGUUUUUGAAAAAUCCAGAGACUUUGCAUCCCUCUAUAUUCUUGUUUUACUUAAGUUAUUGUUGUUCUUUGUUUUGUAUUGUUUUACUUUGAAGGCAGGAAUUAACUGGACAUGUUCAGCUGCGCAUGCACACAGACACAAAAAAACACACAGAGACAUACUUCCAAAAACCAACUUUCCAGGCCCUUGUACCCAUUUGUAGCCCAUUGUCGCCUGCUGUCAUGUUCACAGCUCAGCACUGAGGACUGGUGUCACUGGGGUCCUGUACAGCUCGGCCUCCGAGCAAGCUAACAGCAUGUUCAGUCUUCCUUUAAUGAGGAUCCACUGUAGGAAGCUGGCCAUGCAGCCAAAGCCCAUCUAAAGAGUCUGUGACAUUUCUAAUCGGCCUCUAUGUCUUCUGCCGCUGUCUUCUCUGUGGCCUGUCUGGAGCUUUGUCUCUGCCCGUCUCCCUCUGUCUCUGUGAACAUCCGGCUGCCGAGCAAACCGCCUUUUCUGCCUGUCUGUCUCCAGUCUGGCUGUGUGGCCAAGUACAAAACAAGACCACAGCAACAUCUCAUUCGCGCUGGCUGGCUGUCUGGAUCGUAAGCCAGCGCCUAUUGGAACUUUUCCAGCUAAUUACUCCUCCAGUUGCAAUGAAAUCCACUGGCUCUGCAUACACAGGUGCACACGCAGUGCUCUCGGACACAAAGCAGAAGAGUUGGAGGUGAAAAAAAACCCUCCAGUGUUUAACAAUUGUCCCUGGGGAAGUGCUGCGCCCCAAGCUCAUGUGAAACAGGUUUUCUAUAGAUCGUCUGACUCUGAUUGACUGGUGAUUAGGCUGAUCUGUGUGAGGGGAGUCGUGGGGAUUGGUUCAGCAUCCUCUGUGAUCGUUGCCUAAGAAAUCCAUAGACUCUAAUUGCUGCUCCCGUGUCCCUAAAUCCAACACAUCCCCCCACAAAUGCCAGAAACCUUGUCGCUCUCCCCCUGCUGUUUGAUGGCGAUAGUUUCAUGUAUGUCCCUGAGCUAUCUACGGCUGCCCAGUUAGCCCCUGCAGCAGUGAUGAUGUUUUCACAUUGAUGCAGUGCUGCAGCUUCACUGUAGCACGAUGCCAACAUUUAAAUGGUACCAGGCCAACAACUCUGAACAUGAAGCACACAUACGGUAACAAAGUGAGCAGCCACAAUGCAAUUGUCGGCGUCUGUUUCUAUCAGCGUCUCUUUCCUUAUUUGCACCUUUUUUUUAAAGGGGACUUUUGAAUUGACCGCAUCUCGUGGAAGACUUCGGAUAUUGAUUCUAAAAAAUAGAUGAGAAAGAAAAACAUUCAUCACUUUUUCUUAAAUUGGCUCCUGAAAUAUCUUGCCUCCUGGUCUCUUGGGUUUACUCUGUUUUUGUGCUCCAUGUGUGAGGUUGCUCUAAGCCAGUCCUUUAUUUUUACUUUCUUUUAUAUCGGCUUUACCUGAUUUUCCACAGUCCUGUAUCUUGAAGUCACUGGUCCAUUUUUAAAGAAACAUUACUACUUCUUGUCAACUGGGGAAAAAUGAGGGAAGCCACAGAGUAAAAAAUAGGAGGCAAACACAAGACACACAAAAGAAAAAAACUGCUAGUGUGAAACAGAGCCGUUGCUUUAAAAUGUCUCAAGUCAAUUUCUGUUUAGUAAGGGCGCCAGGCUGUCAGACCUGUGUUUAUUUCCUUUUUGUUUUUGUCCUUUUGUCUUAAAUUAAUCCAUACUGGUCAUUGCUGAAUAUAUGUUGGAUACUACAACACCUGCAGGUCUUUGACUGAAGGCAGUAGCAUACACAGAUAUAGUAAAUAAAUCUCCUCCUGACUCAAACAAAAUUAAUACCUCCCUGCUCUCUGAGAAGUACAGUAAUAGAACUAUUUAAUAACUUGGAUUUUGCCCUAAAGAAAGCAGCGUACUUAGUUCCAGGUUCUCACAUGUGCUCAGCAUAGUAGAACUGCUCACUGUCUGGUUAAAGGGCACAUUUUUAGCACUGGGAAAAGGUCAGAGCAGAAAGCAUGAACAAAGUUGACAUUCUGUAAUUAUAGAAAGCUGGAUGUGCUCACAACUCCACUCAGUGACCCCAGCGAGCAGCGCGUGGUUAAGGAGUCAGCUCUAUUCAUUCUAGCACUGAGGAAUCAAAGCACUUCACUUUAUUGUCAAUCAUGUUUUGUUCUUUUCUCCACUAGAACAACCUUUUUCAACCAUCAUGCCCAGUUUAGGCUUUGAUGUUUAUUCGGUCGCUUCUGCAGAAACUUGAAGGUAGAAUAUAACAAUCAUUAGCUGAAUGUAAGAUGUUGGUCUGUGUCACCUGAUUACAAAUUACAAGAAAAUCCUGCCAAGUUUUUCUGAGUUGCAUAAAACAUUUUAUUAAACACUAUUUCAGUUCAUCUGAAAGCAGAGUGAGGAGGAUGGGUUGUCCUCCCUGCUCUGUAUGCCAGGACUUUGUUUGUCUGCACUACCAGUCUGUUUGGCAGAUAACCAACCAUCGUUUGGAGGUGCUAUUCAAUUCCAAAAAUCUUAUGUGGUGAAAUGCUGACAAUGGGGGGAACAUUUUCAAAUCUCUGUGGCUCUAGGAAGACACAAAUCUUCAGCACCGAUUUUAGUUUAGUAGAAAAUUUUUCUCUUUUUGUUUUAACUUGCUUCACAAAUUGACGGGCCUUAGUUCACAGGACAUAUUAAAUGUUUUACAUUAUGUAUUAGUAUGCAUUAUGUUUACUUGUGUGGACCCCAGGUAGAGUAGUUGCUACCUUGGUAGUGGCUAAUGGGGAUCCAAAUAAAUUAAUAUGUCCAUAUCUGGUGCUCUGAGCAGUUUAAAACAAAAGAGCCAAUUAACAAUUAUUUGGAGGAAAAAUGUGAUCCUGAGCUGAUGGACAGAGGCGAGCAAACACAUCGUCACAUAACCCAUCAUCAAAUGGGUCUCAUCUCUGUCCUCUGCAGCAUCAGCAGCACUCUCACUUUAACAGGAGCAGCUCGGAGAUCAGUCAACAUCUCAUAUAUUUGAUUUUCUGUAGAUGAAAAUGUUCUUUCCAUUUAAAAAAAACAAACAAAAAAAAAACUACCUUUUUAUGAUGAACACUGUUAAACAAAUCACUUAUCACAUUCUCCGGUAAUAUUCAGUGACAAAAUGUAUAACUAUAGUCAUCUUCAGUUGCAAAUUUUCUUUUCUUUCACAUAGAGCAGAGAUCUCAUUUCGCAAAGAAACUCUUCAGAUAUGAAUCUGUUCUACAGCUGAUUCCAAUGUACUGUAGUAAUAAUUUCACAAAGAAUGAAGAUUGUGUUUUUUAUUCUUUUGUAAAUGAAUGUAAAAUGAAAAAAAUCACCUGUGCAGCCGCGGUGAAUUUGUAAACUGGAGCUCGCUGGGGGCGGUUUGUAAGUCCCAGCAGCCUGCUGUCAUGAGUUGCUCUCUGGCCCGCGGGUGACAGGGCAGUUCAGUGGUUAACACAGACAGCACAGUAACUGGAAGGUCACGGGUCAGACCAUGUAAGAGCUGGUUUGUCUUGUUGAAGAUGUAUUGAGAAAGACACUGAACUUGUAAAGAAGAUGUAAGGUCUCUUGUCUGCCCAGAGCCUCGAAUAACAAUGAUCUUUUUGUGCUUGAUGGUUCAGACAAGCAGAUCUUGCGUCUGAUAGUGUUUGUUCUUGCCUCCAUGGUAACACCUAUUUGACAAACCUAAGCAAUUUUAUUGUGUUGUCCUGUGUGGCCAGUUUCACCCACUUAGAUUUGGUAUAUGAUGGUUGAAACGAUUAAAAACAAACUCGGUUAUCUGUAAAUACUAUUUGACCCAAAUCUAUAGUCAGCAGCCUCACACUGGGUUCCUACACAUGUCAUUUUUGACAGAUUAGAUGUUUUUUAGUAGGGAUGAGCAAUAUGACCUAAAAUCCAUUUUUGUAAUACAAAAGUGCGUCAUUAUUUCCUCAAGUUGACACAUUCCAUAUUUGUUUGUCUAAUUAAUUACAGUAUGACCAGCUACAAAUUCUAGAUUGUAAUGCUGAUUGGUUGGUUGAGCUUCAGGUCAAAUGUUAUUGGCUGUUGUGACCUUGUUUGUGUCCAGACCAUGUUGGUUUGGUCUCCUCAGCACAUUCCCAGUAAAGCUCCACCCGACCUCUAAAGAAGUCUAAUCGGACGCAUUAAUUGCUGUUUUUCCACAGGCCCGGUUUAGUCCGCUAUAGCCGUGACAAGCUGUGAACAUAUGCCUUUUCAUUGCAUCACAGCAGGGGUUAGCUGCUGCGAGCCUAAUUCCUGCAUCCUAAAGUUCAGAUUCUUCAGAUGAUUACCUCUCGCCACUGUGUGGAGCUCCCAGAGUGUGAAGUGGGCCCGAGCUGGUCAAAAUAGCCAAGAGGGAGUGUGGAAAUUUGCAAAGGCAAAUGUGUAGGAACCCUGUGCACUGUCUGCCAAUGUGCCACCUUACAUGUGAAACACCUGUCAAAUUUGUUUCGAUUUAAAGAGAUGAGCCCGUCUACGAACUCCCUCUAUCUCACCCCGCUUUCCAAGCCUCAAACUUUAUCGGGUAACACUUUAACUUUACAGUGGCCUUAUUUCACCUUUUUAAUCUCUGUAUUAACUGAUAGCAAUGUACAGCAAAUACAUAUUUAUUAAGUGUUAUUAGUUACUGGAAAUCUCCCUAAUAUUUAAAAUACAAGUAGAGUUUUCUUAAACACUGGCAGCAUUAAUAUGUAUUUAAAAUGCUUAAUUACAUAGGUUAAAGCAGCAGAAUAAGGUCAUUGUAAAAUCAGGCAUUGCCCUCUCUUUCUGUCUUUCUGUCUCUUUGUAUAGCGGCAUUAUAGAUACUGAGGAAUAGUUUGUUAAUAUGUAUAAUUUAGCAGUUGCUGUUUUUUUGUAAAUAAUGAGAAAGUAUUGUGAAUGACAUGUUGAAUGGUUUUAAAAAUCAUUUAUGGCAAAACUCUCCAGGCUUUUAUAAAUGUGACUGCAGUACAUAGCAUAUUUUGUAUGUAAGACAGCAGUGUAACGAUGAACAAGCAUUACUAGAAGCUGAUGAAACUACAUGUAAAACUUGAGGAUAAUGGCUUACUGAACUUGUAAUUACUGAUGUACAUAAAAGAAUGACAGAACAUUUUUGUCUAUUAUUAAAUGUGAAAAUCAUC